AUGGUUGAAACGGACGUCACACUCUCCAGUGGCUACAAGAUGCCCACUCUUGGGCUUGGUGUCUACCUGAACGAGGAAUGCGCGGACGCUUGUAAAGUUGCCCUUAAAAAUGGUUACCCGAUUCAAAAGUUCAGUUGGAUCAUUAGAAUGAUUGACUCGGCGCGGUUCUAUGAGAAUGAAGUUCAGGUCGGUGUUGGGGUCGGGCAAAGUGGUGUUAAGCGCAAAAACAUCUUUAUCACCUCCAAGGUCUUCCACAGUGAUUUUACCUACGAUCGCACGAUGGCUGCUGUGAAAGACUCGCUGACAAGACGGGUACUAGCGUAUUAUGAUUUAUACCUCACCCACAGUGCCCUGGGAGGCAAGGAUGCACGCCUUGCCGCCUACAAGGCUCUUUUGGACGCCAAGGCGGACGGGCUAAUCAGAUCUGUCGGUGUCUCCAAUUAG